AUGUGCUUGUUCUCCUACGUUCUAUUGACGAUAUCGAACAAAACUGAUCACAGAAACUCCACGACCAAGAUUGACCUAUACAUCGGUGGCCUGUUUGGUGUCAACGUCAAAAAUGGCAGUUGGAGCACAGCUGGGGUCAUACCAGCGCUGGAGAUGGCGUUAGAACACGUGAACAGCGAUCCUGGCAUAUUGGUGAACUAUCAGCUGAAAUACGUGUGGAAUGAUUCCAGGGUAUGUUCUCAGUGCAGGAGUAGAGUUAUAAAACUGUUUUUUUUCCUGUUUUGAAAAGUAAACAAAUAAUUUCAGUUUCGAUCAAUGCAUCUUAUAAUCAAAGGGCGCCUGAGGCCAACUCGUGGAUAAAGUAUUAAAGAGAUAUAUACUUGUAAAGUUGUUAUCAGUAAACUAAGGUGUUAACGAAGAGAUAGAAAGUAGAACCAUAGCAAGUAUAGAAAUUUCAGUACUUGAGUAUGUGAUGGGAACCCCCCCUCUGCCGUAUUUUAGCCUAUGUUGUGGCCAAUCAUAGACCCCAUCUUUGUCCGCUUUUGGGCAAGACCGGAAUGGAUUGAGAGCUGUUUAUUAAACAUUGAAAAACGGUAACAACUUUUUAACCAUGAAUCUUCCUGUUUAUAAAUCCUUACUUGUCACUGUUUUCUUAGGCCUAAAAUCUCAAAAAUGUGUAACUCCAUUCUAGUAACUCUAUUGAAAAUAGCUGAAAAUGCAACGCCAUAAAAGUCAAUGCAGUCGUGAAAAUGGCACAUUAUUACCCUAACUCUAGGAAUUUUAACCCUCCCCCCCUGGUCGAUUUGCUGCACUAAAUAUUCCGAAAUGCGAGCAUUUUACACUCCUUGUGUGUCCGUUGCGGUUUCUGGUGAUUUCUGCCAUGAGACGGCUAAGAAAUGCACAAAGUAUUAAAACAUGUGUUUAGCUUUUGAGCUUUUUGCCCUGAAGGCGACCACGGUUAGGUGGGUUACCCCACCUUGAGACGUUUACAUGGCAAAUUGUCACCCCGGCUGACAGGGUUAUCCCACCUGGCAGACCAGGCAACCCACCUUGGCGGGUCACCCCACCUAUCAUGUAAACGUGAUCAAGAUAAAAUGAGAGAUUAUAUGGAAAGGCGGGUUACCCCACCUAAGUGGGUUACCUCACCUACCUGGGGUCCCCCACCUCCAUGUAAGGGCCUGUUUGAUAACGUUUGCGGUAUUUUGUAAUAACUUUAAUUUUGCUUUUGGUAAUAUGGGCUGUAGCACUUUGUACUAAUCGUCGGUCUACACAAUUUGUAACAACACCUUGACAAAAAUUUUAAUAAUAUCAACUUUGUCACAAAAACAUGCAAAAAAUUAAGAAAAAAUGGUAUUAUUGAAUUAGUGACGAGGUACAAAAUGCGUAGGAUAUUACGAAAUGCGUCGUUAUUACAAAAUGCCGCAGAACACAUGGGUUUUCACCACAUUUUUGUUUGAAGUAGGUUUUGUUUUCGUUAAGAUUUGGAAAUCUAGAAGAGGAUUUGGAAUGCUAAAAUAAUUAUUUCAUAUAAUUUAUCAGUCAGUUUAUUACUCAGAAAUUUGAUCCUUUUUCAAGUGCGAGAGUAGCGCUGGGAUUCGAGCCAUGCUGGAGUUAAUUAACACACAACCUCACAAGAUUGUAUUCUUGGGUCCCGGAUGUUCGUUAGCGACCGAACCUAUUGCUGAGGCCGCGCCGUAUUGGCAAGCAGUGCAGGUGACUUACUGUCAUUUACAUAUUUAUGGCGCAUUUUUAGUAUAACUGAGAAACAAAUAUUUUGCUCUAUGUUAACGUAGACGGACCUGACCUGCUUAGAAGAAAAAAACAGAGAAAAAAAACGAUAUCAGUGACUAUUAUUAUAAUCAUCAUUAUUACUGCCAUUACUAUUGUUGAUGUUCUUAUCACCAUUAUAGCUAUUAUUUGUAAUAAUAAUAAAAUAAUUAUGUAAUAAUUAUAUUAUAAUAAUUUUAUACUAUAUUAUUAUUUGUGUAUUUGUGUAGAUUUUAUUACGGGUAUAUACUUAAACUAUUUUAGCUGUACUCAUUUCAAAUAUUGUGAUUUGAUUUAAAUUGACAGCGUAAUGUUUCUGUAACGUGUAAAAACAAAGUCAAAGGAUACGUCACAAUAAACUAAUGACGUUAUCUGAUGAACUUGAAAUCUAUUUUGAUUAAAUUUAUAUGAAAAAGUUGUGGAAGUACUGCUCUUGUAAUUAUUAUUAUUAUUACUAAUAUGACUAAAAUUAUAGAAAAAUUCUAAUAUUUCCCUUAAUGAUCGCUUUUUCACAAAUCAACACCUGAUUUGUCGGUGCAUCACUAAUUCAAAAGAGAGCCUGGAAAAUUUCUUUGUUGGCUUGGAACGAGGCUGAUUUUCUAGAAUGCAUAUAUUAUUUUGGACCUUCCUUGAAGACAAAUUCUUCGCUAUAUAUAUUUUGUUUGAUUGGUGUUUUUUUGUUUUGUUUUGUUUUGUUUUGUUUUGUUUUGUUUUGCUUUUUUUUUUCAGAUUGGUUACAGCGCAUCAUCACCUCAGUUUUCAAACAAAGAGAAGUAUCCUUUAUACUUCAGAACCGCCACUUCUGAAACAUUGGAAAACCCGGCUAGAGUCGCACUGUUUAAACAUUUUAAGUGGAAAAGAGUCGCCCUCAUUGUGGAAAACUUCGAUAUUUUUGUUACAGUAAGAAUUGCCGGAUUAUUAUAACUAUGCAUGAACAUGUCAGUUCAUCUCUGAAACGUGAUGGAGUUAGUAUUCCAAUAAAAAGCUAAUAUAAUUAAAUUAAAGUCACAAAUCUACAAUCAACAGACAAAAGUACGUCAUCUUUAAACAUGUGAUUCUCUUACCCGAUAGAACUCGCCAAACCCUUGCAUUUAAAUGUUUAAUUUUUUUAACAGACAAAAGAAGAUCUCAUUCCGAGGUUAAAAGAAUCAAACAUCACCGUUAUUGCGGAAGAAACCUUUAUAAAGGAUCCGUCUUCAUCAGUCAAAAAUUUACUGAAGGUAAAGAGUAAAUCUAUACUUCAAAUUUAAUAGUCUAUCUUUCAACUUGCUACUGUUAUACCCCAGUUCUUCAAAGGCCGAAUAGCGCUAAGCCAGGGUAGAGUUUUAGUCCAGGCUUCUUUUUUCCUUUAUUCAAAAAAUUUUUUGGGGUACUUUACUCUUUUCUUUUUAGAACGUCCAAUUACCAAAUUGUGGACAAAAAAAAUCAUACUGAAUUUUUGUUUAAAGCUUUGAGAUUUGAUAUCAGAUUUCACACUAACCCUGCAUGAAUUAUCUGAUCCCAGGUUUAGACAACCCGGCUAUGUAGACCGGUUGUUCGAAAGGGGAUUAACGCAAAUCUAGGAUUAAAAGUUAACCCAGACUUAAAAUUCUCAAUUAGAAGAGCACAUAUAAAGGCUAAGGUUUUGUUAUGUUUGGUCUCAACAUGACUCGAAACUAACGGAAAAAGAGGCUGAAAACAAAAGAAAAAUCCCCUUGCAAAGCUAUAAAACUGAAUUAAAAUUUACACAAACCCCUGGUUAGGUUCAUCGUGUUCGUAAAACCCGGCCCAGAUGAAAGUCUGUAGAGUAACAUUCGGUCAAAUUGGACCGACUAGCCGCUUAACCUAAUUGAUUAGCAAGAUGAUGAAUUUUGAAAAUAUUACAUAGAACGUAAUGGGAUUCGUGUUCCAUUAGUGAUCAAGUUGUUACUGGUAUUUAGGAGAAAGAUGCCAGAAUAAUCAUUGGAUUGAUGUACGAGGACAUGUUUAAAAAGGCUAUGUGCACUGUGAGUAUUGAACUUGGCGAGAUAAAACAUCUUGCCAACUACCACUGACUACUGCUAACGUUCCUGCUGAUCCUAAGGCUCUCUACGUCCUUUUUGUGCUGUGGGUAGGGGUCAAGGGUUAGUUUUGAAGCCUUGAAGUCCAGAACUGUCUGGCCAAACUGAUUUCACAAAUACAUAUUCCUCCUGAGCUCACCCACUCCCUCACUCCUUAUGAACUUAACAACCUGUCUUCUCUUGCUUGCACACAUCGAAGACAACAUAAAGGUGCAAUUGUAAAGAGCAUGCGUGAACUUUUCCUUCUCUAGAAUUCGUUUAAAUUUUUGCUUAGCUUAAGACAUGUCAAAACUAAUGGUAUAAUAGGUAUGCAGCCAACUCCUAAAUCUCAUAUGGAAGGAUUACCUGUUAUCCACAAUUGGAAAAAUGAACAGACAGCUGCUUAAAACAAUAACUUUCCGUAACAUUCAUUUAAAAUGAAUGCAUGAUAUUUUCUCACAGGCCUACAAACAAGGGCUCUUUGGAAACAAGUAUGUUUGGAUAAUAGUUGGAUGGUACUUGGAGGACUGGUGGACAAAAACAGAUGAAGAGUGUACAGGAGAGAAUUUGCUUAAAGCUGCUAGUAACUUGAUAUUAACGUCUCCAUUACGUCUCAGUAAUUCACCACAACCCACAAUAUCGAACAAGGUUAGAAAUGUGUAUAUUUCUUCUUAGGUCCAGUCUUGUCCAAAACAAUGUACUGCUGUUCUGUACCAAAAACAAAAGAUUUAGACAUGUGGACCUGAAAUGUUCUGAAUCCUUGGUUACUUUUUUGUUUACGUUGAACAUUUUUUAUUCCAAUAAAAAGGUCUUUGUUAUGAAGGGGCAAUGUAAACUCAAAGUAAUGACAAAUUAUCAUUUUUACUAUGAAUGAAAUAAUGUAUCUUUGUCUUCUAUUAGUUCAAGCAUUCAGGAAAUACGUGCUGAUAAUUGAGCAAACGCCAAUAAUUCUUUCUUUAUCUCCUAUUUUCAGACAGCACAACAGCUCAAUUCAACUUACGAGGAAAGAUGUCGGCAUUCCAAUUUUACCUCUCAUGAGUACGCAAGUUUCACUUAUGACGCCGUAUGGACCAUCGCUCUUAUGUUGGACAAAUCCAUACCCCUACUUGGGGAAAAGAACAAAACUUUAGAAACCAUUAAAUACGGUGAUAAAGAAACAGCUGAGAUCAUGAAAGAUACUCUGUUCCGGACAAACUUCACAGGAAUGUCGGUAGGGUAACCAAUUCUUCCUCCUCUUUGGAUCUCAGGGUCUCUGUCCUAUUUCACCAGUGUUAAAAAAAAGAGAAAGAAAGAAAAAGUGUAUCCAACUACCGCUGAUUUUUCAAAUGCAGGUAAACAGUUUUAUGGGUUUUUACCAUGGUAUAGUGAAAUAAGUUUUGCUGUACCUUUUUAAGGGUCACGUGUCGUUUGAUCGAUAUGGAGACAGGCAAACAGUUGUGCAAAUUACUCAGAAGACAGGUAAGAGGAAUUUUUGUUUGUUUGUUUGUUUCUGGAAGUUUCACCUCAUUGCAAGCUCCGGCCUAUAAAAUAAAACAAGUUCGCCUCUACCUUUACCAGCUCGCAGUUGAAAUUGUAUUAAUUGUGUACGGAAAAGCUAUGUAAAAAUCCGGCCUUAAAAAGAUUAUGAAUAGGACGAUAUGUAUAUUAUUACCCGCCGGGAGGUCCCUAAACUGAGCCCGAGGUCCAAAGUACCGCCCGAGGGCGUAGACCGAGGGUGGUACUCAAUACGGAGGCAACGAAGGUAGGGAUGUACUCAGCGACUCACGAAAGGAUUACCGUGCCCGUGGGCAGAGAUAGGAAAAUCCGAACCGUACUGAAUCAAUACCAAUCAGAUUGCAGGAUUCGUUACCAUGCCCUCUAAGAAAAAAAAUAAUCAUACUUAUUAGAACGUUUCGGUAUUUCUUCAGGAGACAGUAAGAGAUUGGUCGCUACAAUGGAUGUUCGUGAUGGGAAACUGCAACUAUAUGGUGUUGGUUUUGAAUGGGCAGGUGAGACAAGCAUGUAGUUCAAUGUAAAUUUGAUUUUAUACAUUUCAGAGAUUGGGAACUUUCUUCGUAUGAUGAACUCUGACGAUAGGUAAGAUACGAGGUUGAGCUUGUGAAUUUUAGCGGCCUAUUUGAUUUUCAGGCUUUCCCCGGUUUCUUUUAUAAAGGAGAUCAAAACUCUUCGGGAUAGCUUUUGAAAACAUGUGCUAUAUCAAAAUAUAUUACAAAAGUCUACUUUUUGCCAAUUAAGAUAUAUACAGAAACCCUUCAUCAUUUUUCAGGGUUAGAGGGGGAGAAUUCAGGUUUAGUCAAAUUGCGUUACGCUUCUCAAGAAUUUCAACCUCCAUUGUAAGUUUUUUUCCCAUGAAUAAAGCAUGAUAAUAGAAACGGACUCUUGCUUACACUGCCUCCUUCCACCAGUUAUCAUUGUGACACUUGUACUGCAGAUAGGCUCAUUUGAAUCACUUCUCUGCCUUUUCACCCGCAGGUGGUCGUGUUCCAGCAGAUGGUGUAAAAAUUACUCAAAAGAUUUAUCAUGAGGGUAUAAAGACGACUGUUUCGUUCUACGUUUUGGCCUCAUCCGGUAUACUGCUUUGUUUGUUCUGUCUGCUGUUCAACUUCAAAUAUCGAAACCACAGGUAAUUUGAAGCUCGAAGGACAUUAAGCAAAAUUCCCGCUAGCAUUUCGCACAAUUUGAGCCGGUUUCUGGAACAAUGGCGUUCCCCCUUUAGUUACUUCGAGAAAAAUGCUAUUAUAGUCCUGCUUCUAUCAAUUGGAACGUCAAGGGCAGGUUUUGAAUGAAACCACUGGCUUGGUCCUGAAGAGAAUUUGAACCAUUUUGCCUAAAAAUUCUAACAGUUUAAUCAACAUUAUCUCUUUUUCGAUGGGACUAUUUUCUGAAAGGAAUCGAAAACUGUGCUGCGCAUACUGUUCAUAAAAAGUGAAGUGUCUCGAGCCACCUCAUAACAGCCUUUCAAUUAGAUUGUUGGUUUUUAUUUUUGUUAAGAGUAUGACUUAACAUGAAAUUAUUGUCAUUCAGUCCACCGUAAGAUGCAUGGAACAAUAUGUUACAGUUAAAUGCUACUCUUAAUUCUACAUUUAAAAUAUUGGCUAUUUGAAUCGAUUGAAACUGAGAGGUUGCGGAGGGAAAGGUAUUCAAACGUUUACCUCUCUAGUAGAUGAAAGGCAUUUAGAAGGAUAGAGGUAUACACCCUAAUUUUGGUUUGUAAAGUCAUGAUAUGAUGAGUUUAACUUUUUUUCUUCAUGCAGUUUCAUAAGAAUGUCAUCUCCGAAUUUCAAUAACAUCACUGUCAUCGGAUGUAUGUUGGCUUACUUGGAAAUAUUUUUGUUGGCCCGCGGUACCUCUGGCUCAGCGGAACACUUGAACCAUGCUUUCCUGUGCAAUGUAAGAAGUGUUUGUAACAAGUCAAGAUUGAAAAACUCUCCUUUUUAAAAGAAAUUACAUCUUCCCCUUGAGUUUUCUGUGCUUUUGAUAAACUAAUAAAGGGAUUUUGCAAUAUUUAUUCAAUAAGACUGUGAUUUAUGACACUAACUUAACUUAAAUAAUUGACGAUUUUAGGUUGAUAAAAUAAGUUUUUUGAUACUUCAAGAGGAUUUUAAAUACCUGCUGUUUUUCUUGGUUGUUUAAUGAUAUCCCAAAACAAUUUUUAGUAAAUUUUGAUGAGAACUUGUUACCAACUAGCUGACGAUCUAAACUUACAAGAAGUAUGAGAUGUGCCAUUUCUUAAAAGUAAUUAUUUGUUGGCAUAGGUUGUCGCGUUUUGUUCCUGGUAAUGAUUGUUUUAAAAUAUUGUCGGAUAACGAUUGGCUUUUACCAUCUUUAGGUUACUUUCUGGCUUCUGACCACCAGUUUUACCUUCGCCUUUGGUGGCAUUUUUGUUAAAACCUGGAGAGUUUACAAAAUAUUUACCAACUAUCAAUUGAAAAAGGAGGUGAGGAAAGGUUAUUCCUGCUUUGUAUUGAUGAUGGACUCGAAGCAGGCGUCAGCCAUUUAUUUUUCUUUUAAAUUUUAAUUAGAUCCCCAAUUUGAGUAGUACCAGUCUUCUCGCAAUACUGUUGGCCGGUUGGUCUAUAGACGUCAUCUUCCUGUCAACUUGGACAUCUGUUGACCCAUUGACGACGAAAUUCGAGAGAAUUUCCGAGACGGUAAAUAUAGUGUUAUUUUUGGCAUGAGUUAUCAUGGGUAGUGUUCAAACAUGCAUUGUGGAAACCAAUAUAAACGAAGAGGCUCUUUUUUUUGCCAGGAUCGUUAUACAGUACAAUUCUGGAGUUUUUAUCAUGCAUUAUCAUCUGGUUUCUGUUGCUGUUCAGUUUAAUUUGUUGUUUCUUGGAACAAAGUAAAGUUAAAAAGAUUUAUCGGUCUCCACUAGCACUCAAAUAUUUAUGUGAACUAACAGCAUCUCAUAUUUAAAGCUCGUUUUCUUGAAGAUUUUGUCACGAGACGAAAUUAUAUAAAAUUUGAACGCCAAAAGUGGCACACAUGGUGCAGCUGAGUGCGUCUCCGAUGUUCUUACCAAUUUGACAUCUCUUGUGAUCUAGUUCUGUACAAACCCACGACAACAUGUAGUCUAUUUUUGAAAACGCAGAGUUACGGUUCCUAUCAAAGACCGUGUAUCAUUUAGCUUAAUGAGUAAAUUGGGGUAAUCAAGACUUUUGUACGUUGUUACAGGUUGACAAUAAUGACCCUGACCUCGUGGAGGAACUUUUAACCCGUCAGUGUACUUCUCACUACUAUAAUACCUGGGUGAUGUCUUUGUGCGGGCUGAAAGGGAUACUGUUGAUUUUCGGUGUGUUUUUGGCCUGGGAGACCAGAAACGUACAUUAUCCUUCGCUUAACGAUUCGAAGAGCAUUGGCUUAGCAGUGUACAACAUGUUCAUGUUUUCUUGCUUAGCGAUUGUGGUUGGGUUUGUGGUUUAUCCUGCUCUUAAGACUCUGGUUCAAAGAUCGAUCGUGUUCGUGGCAGCCACGUCGACAGUUGCCCUACUCUUUGUCCCAAAGAUAAAGGUUUACAUGGCCCUCUCUGCGUCUGCACAAGUCUCAAGUGACUUUACAAGUCAUGUAUCUGAUAACUUGUAA